GCGAGUCCCUUAACCCCCCCAAAAUCCAAAGCAAAACAAAAAUAAGGAAUCAAUAUCAUAGUUACUCAAUCCAUUCAACCACUUACUGACUCCCUAUCCCAUGAGAAGAACCGGAGGGCAAUAAAAGGACAAACAAUACUGGGUGCUUAUAAUCUAGGAGAGGUGAUAAACAUGUGUGCGGACAAAGGAAACACAAAACUAUUCAUAAGAUGGGCGUCAGAGGAACAAACAGGCAGAGAGAGCGUGAGGAAGAGCUCAUUUCCAGGGGUGUAUGGAGGAAGAAGCGCGCAAUGCAGGGCCUGGCGGGUAGACGGAUGUCAGCAGAGGGAGAGGAGAGCUGCUCCCGCUGUGGCCUGCCCUCCAACCCGGAAUCCCUCAGACAGACAAGCUCCGUGAAGGCACACGGGAACAUAAGUGCGUGCCCGAGGGCAGGGACCUUCUCUCUUUUUGUUUGUGUUUAUAUUCCUGAAGCCUGGCAUACAGCGAGAGCUUAAUAACUGAAGGCUGACCCAUAACUUUAGUUGUGUCACAUCUACAGCACAGUCCCUUCAUUAGACUCCAGCUCUGAGAUGUGUGCUCAGGCUGUGGAGGUGACCAGUGAGCAGGAGCUCUGGUCAUUCCCACUGACCAGAGAAACAGCCCAUCCUGGCCCAGGGCAGAUUGGGGGUCUCUCACAGGAAAGCCAGUCCAGCCCAUCCCCCAGCUACCGGAGAGACAUGGGCAGCUGGAGCUACGAUUCGCCUGUGGGGUGGGAACAGCCACACGGAUGAAAACACUGGUGGUGCUCGCCAGCUCCAGUCUCACCAGGCUUUCUCCCUUAUUUUUGCUCUCACUCUCUUCGGGAGCCCUCAAGCCUCCUCUCAGAGGAGGGCUUUGUUAUGACUCGACGACACGCCCUUCUUGUCUCCUGAGUGUGAGAUGCAAACCAGAACUCCCUGGACUGCCUCCUACCAUCCUGCCCUCAAAGCAGAGCCUAGAAUCGGCAGGGGUUCUGCACUCCUUUGUCACCAAGGGGUCUCAUGACCCACCACAACAAAAAGGGGGAAGAACCCCUGUGCUAGCCCAGGCAUCCUCUUAGGGCAUGACCAUGAAAGGCCUCUAAGAGGUCACCCUCAUGGGGCGCCACCGUCCACACAUCAUUGCCUCCAGCUUAUCAAAGUCCUUCCCAAAAUGGGGGGGGGCCCUAGGAUGAAGGAGGACGACGCACGGCACUGGUGACCAGGCCACAGGCUUCCGGACACUUCUUCAGAUGAAGCCUGUACUUGUGAAGUGGAUGACUCAGAGCCAGGGGCUGCACUUUACUUUGGCUCCCAUUCAACGUCGUAUGAAAGAGAUCCAGUCUGCUGAGACUUCCUAAAGCUUGUCUCUGUCACCCACCAAGGGAGGCAGUCCUCCAUGAGGAGGAACUCUCCCCCUCUCCUUUCCUCGUAGCCCCAGGGCUGCGCAGUAAAUGCUUGCUGACUAUCUGUGGUCAGGGCCACUCAAGCCUUUGUCUUAGUUAGUGGUUAAUGAGCAGCUCCCUCAAAGCCGGCAGCAACAGUAACUACCCCUGGUGGGCCAGCUAUCCGGCUGGCUCUGAAUCCACCACACUGCUCCACUCUGUCCACAACGACAGCCAGGGAGACCCUGUCACGGGCAUUCAUAAGAUCUAGGUCCGGGGUAUCUACAGAGCUGCGUCUUCUACAAGUCUAUGAGCCUCGGUCCAAAAGGAAACAAGGAAAGCCUGAAGGGAGCUUUCUGUCCUUCCCGAAGCCUUGCAGACUCUCAUCCCGUCUGUGAUACCUCGUCUUCACUCACGCGCCUUCAACUAGUUCUGCCAUCACCCACUGUGGGCAUGUACUUCAUUUCCAGUUCUCUGCCACUCUCCAAGGGCUGCUAUGACCACCUGGAGACAUAUGAUGGGGCUCUUCUGUUUCUCUCUGACCUGGGGGGAGGCAGGGGUUAACAUGCCUAGCCAUGCGAUCCAGGUCAAAGGGUAUGAACAUUUUAGUCACUUCCACAACGCUUUCCAGAAGAGUUGAGCCAACUCACGGCUCCACCAGCGCUGCAUUAGCACCCACUCCUCACACUGACCAUUUCCAUCGUGUGUCAUUAUUGCUCAUUGGCUGAGCUAAGCCCGAGGUGUUUUAAUUCACACUUCUCCUGUGAACAAUAUGAAAAAGUUAAUAAUUUUAAACCCUCCUUUUCAGAAGUUUGUUUGUAUUCUUUGACCAUCAUCUGCUAGCUUGGGGCUUUACAGAUUUGCAUUAGUUACCCAUAUGUCCUAGAUAGCAGACCUUGAUCACAGCUAUUCAAUACGAACAAAGUUUCCCCCUCCAGGUGACCACCUCUCUCUACAGCUCAAUUACAAUGACUUUGUUUGUGCAGAAACAUUUCAAUUUCACUCCAUAAAAGCGAUCUCCUUUUUAUCUUUUGUGACUGCUUUUAUCCUUUGGCUAAGGAGUCACCUCUUGGCCACGGCAGUGAUGGGCACUCAAUCUCGCUCCUCUCACAUUUUUUUAUGGUCCAACCGUUAGUAUUCAGGUCACAGAUACACCCUGAGUUUCUUGUGGUACAUGGGAUGAAGCUGCUAGUCUCAGCCUAAUUUUUGCCACACUAUUCUCCAGUUUCCCCGGCAAUUCUUGUCACAGAAGGAGUUCUUCUGCAGAUAAUGUUAUUCAGGUCUAUCAAACAUCAGGUUAUUUAUAUAAUUGUUUGCUGGUUUGUUUCACUGUCUUAAAUCAAGCAGUUCUGAGGGUUACUGCUAACUGGAGGUAGGUCCAGAAGGCUUUCCCUUCACACCACCUGGGUGUGGCUGCUUUCCUGGGUCAUCUAGGCCCUCUGCCCUUCCAAAAGAAUCUUGCUCUUCUCUUGCCUCACUUUGUAACGUGUCCCCUGGCACAGCAUUAAACCUGUGGAGUCAUUUAGGCCGCACUAGCACAGGCCACACAAGGAGAGGGACUUUCUCCUCAGUUAUUUAAGUUUUUCUUCCUUUCCUGAAGGAGCAUUUUGUAACCCUCUAGACAGGUCUUAGGUGUGCCCUGUUACACUAACUCCCAGGCAGUUUACGCCUUCUGCCAUACUCAUGAAUGGGAAGGCCUUUCUCAGUCACUCUCUCUGUUAUUGCCAUAAAGAAAAGCUCUGGCUCUUUUGGUGGUUUGCUUUGUAUCCUGAGAUAUUACUGGAGCUAUUAUUAAGUGUCUCCUUGUCUUUGCUGAAUUCUCUGGUAAUUCGGUAACAGAAUGUUACUGUGCUGUAAAGAAGGGUAGAUAAAAUGAAUACAGAGAAUCACGUGAAGACAGAAGACACGGGAGCCGGCAAACUGCAUGCACCGCCGCCGAGGACGGGUUUUCGCCGUCCACGACCGACAGAUUGAACUCAGCAUGUUCCGGCUCGAGAACAUGGGGCCGAAGCUGGACCCCGAGGAACUCAAGCGCAAGAUGCGUGAGGACGUGGUCUCCUUGGUUCGCAACUUUCUCCUCUACGUGGCCCUGCUGCGCGUCACACCCUAUAUUUUAAGGAAGUUGGACAGCAUGUGAAGAUCAUGGUUGGAGAGACACUGGCACGUGAGAGCGUGAACUUCAGAAUAUGGUUACGAUUUCUCUUCCUAUAAACAGGCACAAAAAGACAUCAGAGACUUUUGGUACUGAAUAAAUAUGAAAACUCCACUUACUAAGAAUGAGUCUGACCUCGGUGAAAAUGCUACCAACUGAAAGAAAGCAUGAAGUUUUUUUCUCUUUGACACCAUUUAAGAAAUGUUAAGCAGACUUCUUUGGUCUCACACUGCUGCGCUGGUAUUCAUACAACCUUCAUAAAUUUUGGUUCAGCUGUAAAUAGUUCUAUCAAACUACAUUUUGUAGCGAAUACUCAUUGUGAGGGAGCUACCUCUGAAAUUAUCUCAUUACUUCUGUUGAACCUCCUUGCCUCUGUGAGGAAUACACAUUGUGAAAGAUUUUACUGUGAUUACUUUUGCUGAAAUUGCUACCAUUGUAAUAGCACAAUACUGUUAGUCUUGAUUUUUAAUAAAUGUGCCACUUUUUUAAAGUAAAAAGAAAAAGAAAAGAAGACAUGAUGCAAAGUGGAAACACACAAUGACUCCAACAAGGUAAAUGGGAAGAACAACAAGCCAAACUGAAAGCUGUGAGAUUGUAAUGACUGAACUUGGCCCCACAGAGGCCUGCCAUCUUUGUAAAGGCUGGGUCUACUCGGCAGAGGCCUGGUUAGUUUUUCUGAGUGUUUUUUCUCCUUUGUUACCAGAAAUGACUCUCUGGAGAGGGGGCAGAGAAAGAUUUGAAAAUGAAAGUGACAUGAAAACAAGGAAUACCAAUAAAAUAUUUUUAGAAUGUAAAUCUUUGUCCCCUUGGAGACAACCCGGCAAAGUUGAGAGAAGGCACUGGGCUAAGAAUCGGAAGCUGGGUGAUCACGGAUGAGACACUCUCAGAGACUGCUGCCCCGGGUGAAAAAUGAGAAUACUUAUGGUGCCUACUUUAAAAGGCCUAGCACAUGCCAGCCAGCAGGGCAAGGGAAAUGGCAGAAAGGCAGCGGCUGGCACCCAGAGGGGAGAGCCCCGUGGCUGAGACAACUGAGGGCGGCUUGGGGCUGGUCCAGACUGGAUGCCUGACGGGCACCACGCACUCUAAAAGCAGCUUCUAGGGCUCCAGGUGCGUUCCUUCUCCCCCUCGCUCACUUCUGACCCACCAGGCUUCUCAUAGGAAUGGUGAUGCUGCCACCUGCAGGUCCAACACGGGCCCACACCCGCCCAGCUGCUCUGGGGAUGGACGCCCAAAGGAGGCAGGAAGGGGAGGAGGGAGCUGGGCUGUGGCGAGGACGACACCCACCUUCCCAUGCCUUGGCAGAUCAAGGGCGCCCAGGACUGACUGCAAAAACUGAGCUGUGAGCUGGGGAACACAGCACGGAAAACUGGCCAGCGGGCUCGACAAUCGCCUCACAGGAACGACGAAGACAACACUCCAGCUGGGAGUGAUCUUUGCGAUCAGCCAAACACCUUCCUUUACAACUGGAGAAACUCAUCUAGCCAUUUUAAAAUUUGACAUAAAGGUGAAAGUCUGUUCAAAAGACACACGCACGCACACACGACCUCAUCACAACACAAGCUACAGGGAACGCUGUUGUGGCCUAGGAAACGGUGCCUCAUUUCUCAGCAACCAGAGAAGCAGGAAAGUAGCUACAGGAAGGGAGGGCUGCAGAGCCACGCCAGCAGUGCCAAGAAAAUAACGUACCACGAUUUUAAACAAGCCCCACAACAGCGGCCCAACGAUCAAAAGAGCCGAGGUGGCCCCAAAGAAGGGACAGAGUAAACAGACGUCCCCCUCCUCUGGACGCGGGCGCUGAACACUGCUCAGGCCUCCAGAUUCGGUCCGUGGGCAUUGUCAGCUUUGCUCACUUUCCCCCUUUCCUCUUUUUCUUACAAAUAUUCUUUUUAGGCCUCGUGAUGGAAAACGCUCUCCACAUCCAAAGAAAGAAGCACGGAGUUUGAACGCACACUGAAGCAGAUGAUCGGCUUUUUUUUUCCCCUUCUGUUUUGUUCUGUUUCCUCUUCCUGGUGGUUCCUCCUGUUGGUUC